AUGGCUGCAUCGACAAUGGCUCUUUCUUCCCCAUCUUUUGCCGGGAAGGCAGUUAAGCUUUCACCGUCAGCUCCUCAGAUCACAGGUAAUGGAAGAGUCUCCAUGAGGAAAACUGCUACCAAGCCUAUUUCAUCCGGCAGUCCAUGGUACGGCCCUGACCGUGUCAAGUACUUGGGUCCAUUCUCGGGUGAGCCACCGAGCUAUCUCACUGGUGAGUUCCCUGGUGACUAUGGUUGGGACACUGCUGGACUCUCAGCUGACCCUGAGACAUUCGCCAAGAACCGUGAACUUGAGGUGAUCCACUGCAGAUGGGCUAUGCUUGGAGCCCUUGGAUGUGUUUUCCCUGAGCUCUUGGCUCGUAAUGGAGUUAAGUUCGGUGAAGCCGUGUGGUUCAAGGCUGGAUCCCAGAUCUUUAGUGAGGGUGGACUUGACUACCUAGGCAACCCAAGCUUGAUCCAUGCACAGAGCAUUUUGGCCAUCUGGGCUUGCCAAGUCAUCUUGAUGGGAGCUGUUGAGGGCUACCGUGUAGCCGGAGGGCCACUUGGUGAAGUAGUCGACCCACUUUACCCUGGUGGCAGUUUCGACCCAUUGGGUCUUGCUGAUGACCCUGAAGCUUUCGCUGAGCUCAAGGUUAAGGAAAUCAAGAAUGGAAGAUUGGCCAUGUUCUCUAUGUUUGGUUUCUUUGUUCAAGCUAUUGUAACUGGAAAGGGUCCUUUGGAAAACCUUGCUGACCACCUAGCAGACCCCGUUAACAACAAUGCUUGGGCAUACGCCACAAACUUUGUUCCUGGCAAGUGA